UCCUCCACUCCCACUCCCACUCCCACUCGCGCUCGCUCGAUCGAUCAGUUGCUCACUUCAGUUCGAAUCCAAGCGGAGUGGCGGCGAGCGCUGCAACCGCCUCCCCCCGACCGUCGGAGGAGGGCGGAGCCGUCUCUUCUCGUCUCUCGUGGUUGCCGCCAUGAGCAGUGUCAGUAGAGGGACCCCCAAGCGGAGGUGGCGAUGAAGGCGACGCCGCCGCCGCCCGGGGCGGCGAAGAGGCGGAGGGGCCCGCGCGUGGCCGUGCUGGCGCUCGUCUUCUGCUCGCUGCUCGUUCCCCUCGCCUUCCUCUUCGACCGCUCUCAGUCCGGUGGGUACGUCUCUACGGAUGAGCGGCACCGACAGGCAGGGCAACUGGAGGUUGUUCUGCCUUCCUUCCAUCACGUGGAGAAGACGGAUGGUGACGGUACUGUCAAUGGACUGAUGCAGUAUACACCAAAGAAGAUGCCCAAAGGUAACAGCGGAGAGCUGCAGAAGCAUAAACAAACUGAUAGGCACACCUCUCGUGUUAACACUAAACCAAAAGUUCUUCCCACACCAAAAACUGACCCAUCAGAGACGGUGAAGGAGCUAACUCGAGGCACAAGAGAGGUUAGUGAAGAAAGAAAGAGACGAGACAAAGGCACAAACACAGAUGAAGUGGAAAAUGCGAAAACAUGUCAACUUGAAUUUGGGAGCUACUGCCUCUGGUCCAGAGAACACAAAGUAGUCAUGAAGGAUUCCAUUGUGAAAAGGCUAAAGGACCAACUAUUUGUGGCACGCUCAUAUUAUCCAAGCAUUGCUAAGCUUGAAGGAGAGGAGGAACUUACUCGGGUAAUAAAGCAAAACAUACAAGACCAUGAGAGGGUUCUCAGUGUAUCUACUGUUGAUGCCGAUCUACCAUCCUUUAUCAACAAGAAGAUGGAUCAGAUGGAGCAAACAAUAGCGAAAGCAAAAUCUUGCACUGUAGAUUGUCACAAUGUUGACAGGAAGCUUCGUCAGAUACUUGACAUGACUGAGGAUGAAGCUCAUUUUCAUAUGAAGCAGAGUGCAUUCCUUUACAACCUCGGUGCUCAGACAUUGCCUAAGAGCCAUCAUUGUCUGUCUAUGAGGUUGACACUAGAGUAUUUCAAAUCCUCUUCAUUGGAUUCAGAUGACUCUUCUACUCGCAAAUUUAAUGCUGCAAAUGGUAGGCACUAUGUUGUACUAUCUAAGAACAUCCUUGCGGCUUCAGUUGUUAUCAAUUCAACCGUGAGCAGUUCAAAGGACUCAAAAAGCAUCAUUUUUCAUAUCUUAACUGAUGCCCAAAAUUUCUAUGCCAUGAAAUACUGGUUUGACAAAAAAUCAUACAGAAAGUCAGCUGUCCAUGUUAUAAACUUUGAGGAUAUUAUUAAGGAGAAGUUAACAAAGUUUAGUGUGCGGCACCUGUAUUUGUCAGAGGAGUUCCGUGUUCUUGUUAGGAGCACUGAGCAACCUGCUGGGAAGACAAGAAUGGAUUACCUAUCAUUUUUUAGUCACUCACAUUUCUUCAUUCCAGAAAUGUUCAAGGAUCUAAAGAAGGUGGUUGUGUUAGAUGAUGAUGUGGUUGUUCAACGUGAUCUCUCUUUCUUGUGGAAUCUUGAUAUGGGGGACAAUGUAAAUGGUGCCAUUGAAAUUUGUGGUUUAAGACUGGGUCAAGUGAGAAAUCUCUUGGGUGGUACAACAUUUGAUGCCAAGUCAUGUGCAUGGAUGUCUGGGAUAAAUGUUAUAAAUUUGGAUAAAUGGAGGAAGCACAAAGUUACAGAGAACUAUCUGCUGAUUCUGAAAAAGGUCGUUAUGAAGGAUGAGACAUCUCUGCGAACAGCAGCCUUUCCUCUAAGUUUGCUAUCUUUCCAACAUCUAAUUUAUCCCCUUGAUGAGAGGUUGAUUUUGUCUGGACUUGGAUAUGAUUAUGCAAUUGAUGAAGAGGUUGCACGUAGUUCUGCAGUAUUGCACUACAAUGGCAAUAUGAAACCUUGGCUUGAAUUAGGUAUACCAAGCUACAGGAAAUACUGGAAGAGGUUCCUCACUCGAGAAGAUAAAUUUAUGGAUGAGUGCAACGUAAAUCCCUAACAGGCUAACACAAUUGAACCUGGUAUUCAGACCAACUGAUAGCACUGUGCAAUUGUGCAUCAAGGUGUCGCACCCAUAUGUGCAUACUGACUGGGUACUAUAGCUCCCAAAAGUUUGUGUUGUGCAGUAGGACACCAAAUACAGCUGUGGAACAGACGGGGUGCUGUCGUUGCCUCGUUGGCCAUCAUUGUCGGCCGAAGGGUGGACAAAGCAUUAUCUAUUCAUUGAAUUGACGGUAUUGAUUAACUUAUUUUUGCAAUGGGAUUAGAGUGUCAAAUAUGGGGACUACAUACGUUGCAUAUAUGGAUGGUUGAUGGGUCGUCAAGUAAAGGUGGGUGUCAUCCUUAUUGUCCAGAUAGACAUUGUCCAGAUUGUUAGAUAGGAUUUUCAGUGAGCUCCUGGGCUCAUUGGUACGUUCCACGCUCCAUCGAUUCUUGAUUUGUUUUUCUUUUCCUUUUCUGCCAAUAAGCACAAAUAUAUGUAAUCCUGAUAGCCGUUUUUUUUGUUCUUAGUUGUAGCGCGUGGAUUAUAUGUAUCGUCUUCUUCCCACGGAAAGAUUUCUGUAGGAAGCUUUUGACACCUCUGUAGUCUGUAGAUGACCUGUACUGGAAUGUUUUUUUUUUUGUGCAAGUCAAUGAUUUUUGCAACUUUUCGGCCAUAGUUCCUCAAUGAUUUUUUUGCAAGUCAAAUUUGGAUACGGGUAUUACAUUUUUGGGAGAAAU